AUGAAAGCCAGGGACAGAACCAAAGCCAGCGAGACCACAAGCUGCAGGGAGUUCUGCCCCUCACUCCCGCUACAGCCGCUGCAAGCAGGUGCAGAGGACACGGAAGGGAGGCUCAGGCCCAGGGCAGGACCCCGCGGACAGACCCCGACUCCAGCAGCCAGCGGGUCUGGGCAUUUGAUAGCCAGGCCAGCGGGGGAGAACGAACAUCCCGGGGGCAACGACCCAGCACAGGCCACGGAGACCCCGGGGGCGCUCUCCCCUCCCCCUCCCGGGCAUGGCCUGGGCCAGACAGCCCACAGGGACCAGCUGCAAUGGGGUCCCCCGAGUCUCCCAGCACCAAACACCCCACGAAAGAAACCGGAGCAAGUGCGAGACAGGGGAGGGCACGGGGCCCGGACCAGGACUAGGACGCCUGGGUUCCGUCCCCAGCUCUGCGGGAGCUGGGGGGCCCCAGGACGCCCGGGUUCCGUCCCCGGCUCUGCGGGAGCUGGGGGGCCCCAGGACGCCCGGGUUCCGUCCCCGGCUCUGCGGGAGCUGGGGGGGCCCAGGACGCCCGGGUUCCGUCCCCGGCUCUGCGGGAGCUGGGGGGCCCCAGGACGCCCGGGUUCCGUCCCCGGCUCUGCGGGAGCUGGGGGGGCCCCGGACGCCUGGGUUCCGUCCCCGGCUCUGCGGGAGCUGGGGGGCCCCAGGACGCCCGGGUUCCGUCCCCGGCUCUGCGGGAGCUGGGGGGCCCCAGGACGCCCGGGUUCCGUCCCCGGCUCUGCGGGAGCUGGGGGGCCCCAGGACGCCCGGGUUCCGUCCCCGGCUCUGCGGGAGCUGGGGGGGCCCCAGGACGCCUGGGUUCCGUCCCCGGCUCUGCGGGAGGGGAGGGGAGGGGAGGGGGAGCCCACCCCCCAUCGCACGGGGCGGGGCGAAGACCCCCCCGCGGGCACGGCCCCGCUCACCCGGGCUCCUCCCCGCGGCGCGGCCGCCGGCUGCUCGGGGCCUCUCGCGACGCGACGUUCCUGCCGGGAGGGGGAGAGGGAAGGUGGAGAUAACCGCAUCGCAGCGCGCAGGCGCGGGCCCGGGUGCUCCAGCUCCCGGCAUGCUCCGCGCGCCGCACUACAGCUCCCAGCACCCCCUGCGCAGGCACCCCGGAGGCCACUGGGAGAUGUAGUCCGGGCGGUUCAGGCUCCGCCCCCUGCAGGCCCCACCCGUGGGGCUGUUUGCGGGGGGUCACUGUCUACCCCCCCGCCCCGUGACAGUCCCACUGUGCGGCGCAGCAUCCAGGACCCCGGCCUUCCCCAGGGCAUGGCCCCCUCGGGUGCCCCUGCUGUGCCCAGACAUCCCCAUUGCCCCCGGCCCCAUCAGCACCGCGGGGGAAUCCCCCCCUGGAGUGUGAACCUGGCGCCCAAUGCCACGGUGAUGGGUGUCACACGCUGCGCGGACAUCGGGCGCUGCAGGCCUCAGCACACAAUAAUCACCCAGGCCCGAGCCCUGCGUAGGGUCGCCAGCUGCCCCAGGAUCACGGGGUUCUGUCCCAGCAGGACUGCAGGGCUCUCAGCCCACGGGCUCUGCCGUGCGGUGUGA